GCAUUUGUGACUGGGUGACCGGGAACCGCGCUGAUCCGACCCCUUAGUUUUUCAAAACGAAUCAAAUCCAAGAAAGAAACCGGAGUCCGCGGAGCGCCGGACACGGAGCCAAGCGCUUUAAAUAUCCUGACCAAACCGCCCGCAGACCCACCCCGAUCCACAACUCCCGGCCAUGAUCGACAACAUCCGAAACCCCGAAUCCACGUGCAACGACCCCAGCUGCAGCGGCGGCGGCGGCGGCGGCAAUGCGGCAGGGGUGGCGAUCCCUGGAGGCGGCGCCCGAGGCGGCGGAGGCGACGAGAACACGGGGCUCCAGGACGAGCGGGUGCUAAUGCUGGUUUUCCGGUCUCUUAACUGGGACCCCCACCUCGUGUGCAUCGCCGCCUGCGUCUCCCGCCGCCUCCGCGCCGUCGCCAACCGCGUCCUCUGGCGAGAGCUCUGCAUCUCCCGCGCCCCACGCAUGGUCUCCGCCCUCACUGCCGGCGGCGGCGCCACCCGUAUCGGCGGCGGGUGGCACGCCCUCGCGAAGCUCCUCUUCUUCUGCUGCGGCUGCGCCGCCUCCACCCGCUUCUUCCCCUUCCCGGAGAGCCGCCUCCCGACCCCCGGCCACUUCGCCCCCGUCUCCCGCUUCUCCAAGACCUCCGGCCGCUCCUUUCUUUCCCGCCGCUGCUGGGGCGACCUCCUCUACGUCUCUGACCCCUGCGAGCACGCCGCCACUUCCCCGUCGGACGAGGCCGACCUCGGCGCUUACCGCGGGGUCUUCCGGGGGUUCAUGCGCUCGAGGACCCGGGCCUGUCUCAUCGGCCGGCAGGUGGAGCUGGAGUCCCGGGUGCGCUGCCCCUACUGCGGCGCCCGUGUCUGGAGCAUGACCGCCGCCGGGCUCGUCCCUCGCAGCGCUUCCCGCCGCCUCGGCUCCCACGAGGGCGACCUCGAGUACUUCGUCUGCGUCAACGGCCACCUCCAUGGCUUCUGCUGGCUUGCCCAUUUAUCCUCCACUGACGACGACGACGACGAAGAUCAUGACGACGACGACGACGACGAAGAAGAAGAUCAUGACGACGACGACGACGACGACGGUCAUGUUGCAUGUUGAAACAGAGACAGAGAUGUGUGCGUGUGUGUGUGUGUGUGUGAGAGAGAGAGAGAGAGAGAGAGAGAGAGAGAGAGAGAGGGAGGUAGGUUUAGGUGUUGAUGCGUUUGGUUGUUUGUUUGGGAAGAGGCACAGUAGGUAGCCUGUUGUGUUUUUUUUUUUUUUUUUGGUUGGUCCACUGUUUCACUUGAUCCAUCCCCUGCUUCUCUCCUUCCGAUUUCAAAAUAAAAGGAGUAUCCUGUACGCUCCCUGCCAUGUUUACCGUACUAUUUUGUACUGUAUUCUAGCCUGAGCUUUGUCCAGUAUGCCGAAUCCGUGAUUGUUGGCCUUUAGUUCGUUUUUUUGUCAAGACUUGGGAGGAACAGGGGAUGCCCCUGUUCUCUCGGUUUAGAAUUUGGAAUUUUGGAUUGGA